AUGCAUUUACGUUCAAUAAGUUCUUCUGAAAACGCUGAACUCAGGACUUUUUCAGCUGGCGGUGGACGAGGUGGCGGCUUUGGUAAUAAGCGUUUCGGUGCGGCUGCUGGGGCACCAAGAGAGGCACAGCAGUUUUACUGCGAGGUAUGCAAGAUAUCAUGUGCAGGCCAGCUGACAUACAAGGAACACUUGGAGGGUCAGCGUCAUAAGAAGAAAGAAGCCCUAGCGAAAGGGGAGAACAAUCCAAGUCUGCCUAAAAGCAAGGUAUCAUUCCGGUGUGAUCUCUGUAAUGUCACGUGUACCGGUCAGGAUACGUACAAUGCUCAUGUGCGAGGUGCUAAGCAUCAGAAAACGUUAACUCUUUGUAAAAAGCUGGGCAAGCCCAUUCCAUCGACGGAGCCUACAAUUAUUCCGCCGUCAGAGAUGGGUGGUGUAAUUCCUCCACCUCCCGGCGCUUCUACAGCAACCACUACUUCACCUGCAACUGCUGCUACGAACAGGGUUGUGGGGAUCUCCACCGUUAAUUUUGUUGCUGGAGCUAAACUAUCAACAACAGCUGGACAACUUGAAGCAAAGAAGCAGCAGGUUAUGCAAGCCGUGGGUAGUGCUGGUGUGAAACCUGCUGAAGAGCCCCCAACGCAGGCAAUUAAAGGACAAACGGAAGAGCUUCAGGCUCUUAUCGCUGCCGAACAAAGCUUGAAGCCAGUCGGUGAAGAGUUUGUGGAAGCUCAACGUGAUGCAACUGGAAAACUCCUACAGUAUCUCUGCAAGCUGUGCGACUGCAAGUUCAGUGAUCCUAAUGCGAAGGAAAUUCAUCUAAAAGGGCGUAGACAUCGGCUGCAAUACAAAAUGAAGGUUGAUCCAAAUCUGGAAGUAGAAGUCAAACCGGCAACGAGUCGAAGAGGAACCAAGUAUGAACGUGGACGUGCUCCUCCUGCAAUGAUGCCUCGUGGUCCUCCCAUGCCUCUAGCAGGUGUGACUUUGCCACGUAGCAUUGGUCCAUUUGGGCCGGGAGGGCCUGGUAUGCGUGGUCCGUGGUUCGGCAAUGGUCCAAUAGACGGUAGACGAUUCGAAAGCACUGAUGAUCGUCACGUUCAGGCGAAGCAUACUUCGAUCUAUCCAAAUGAUGAACAACUCACGGUCAUUGAACGCCUUGUGACUGAAACAGAAAAAGCACUGAAGAAAGUGUCGGACUACUUCAAUGAACGUGACCAUCCUGAAACAAAACCUUUGAUUGCCGAAGCAGAAGGGGAGAAGGCCAAGGAAGCAGCGGCACCGGAAAAGGAUCGCCUCCUGAAAGGAGUGAUGCGUGUUGGAAUGUUAUCAAAAGGAUUGCUCCUUAAAGAUGAUACCGAGGUUCAUUUAGUCGUACUAUGUUCUCGCAUUCCUGGUUUGGCUCUGCUAAAAGAAGUUGCAUCUCUGAUACCACUUCACUAUGAGAAACCCGAAGGAUCUACAGUUGAUAUCACAUUAGAGGAAAAAACUGCGUCAAUGAUCUUGCGGCAGAGCUCCGUGCCGAUUCAGUGCCGGAUCACUUUGACAUCUCGUGAAUUUAGGGAAGAUGCGGCAGGAGACGCAGCACCACUCCCGCCCCCUGGAGAUGCUCUAGACAAAGAGGCUUGCCUCAAAGCACUGGCUCAGCUGCGCCACGCUAAGUGGUUCCAGGCUAGAUGCAUCUAUCUACAGUCGUGCCAGAUUACACUUCGUAUCCUUCGCGAUAUUCGUGCGAGGAUUGAGUCAUGGAGAGCUCUGAACGAUUGGAUGAGCGAGCUACUCGUAGAGAAGGUGUUGUCGUCGUGUUUGGCUCCUCUUUCCGUCGGCGAUGCUCUGCGACGAGUUUUUGAAGCUGUAGCGAGUGGUGUACUCCUUAAAACCGGUCCUGGCAUUGCUGAUCCUUGUGAAAAGGAAGCAAUGGACGUUUUGGCCCCUCUCACCGGACAACAGAGAGAAGCGAUUACUGCCAGUGCUCAGCACGCUCUUCGUCUAAUAGCCUUUAAUCAGCUGUACAAGGUAUUAGGAUUGGAGCGCCUACCUGAUGUUCGCCCACCGCUCGCUGACAGAAAGCGACCGAUGGAUACUGCAAAUGCUGCUGAGGACGCAGCACCACUCCCGCCCCCUGGAGAUGCUCUAGACAAAGAGGCUUGCCUCAAAGCACUGGCUCAGCUGCGCCACGCUAAGUGGUUCCAGGCUAGAUGCAUCUAUCUACAGUCGUGCCAGAUUACACUUCGUAUCCUUCGCGAUAUUCGUGCGAGGAUUGAGUCAUGGAGAGCUCUGAACGAUUGGAUGAGCGAGCUACUCGUAGAGAAGGUGUUGUCGUCGUGUUUGGCUCCUCUUUCCGUCGGCGAUGCUCUGCGACGAGUUUUUGAAGCUGUAGCGAGUGGUGUACUCCUUAAAACCGGUCCUGGCAUUGCUGAUCCUUGUGAAAAGGAAGCAAUGGACGUUUUGGCCCCUCUCACCGGACAACAGAGAGAAGCGAUUACUGCCAGUGCUCAGCACGCUCUUCGUCUAAUAGCCUUUAAUCAGCUGUACAAGGUAUUAGGAUUGGAGCGCCUACCUGAUGUUCGCCCACCGCUCGCUGACAGAAAGCGACCGAUGGAUACUGCAAAUGCUGCUGAGGAAGUGAAGAAAGACAAAAAAGAAGGAGAGAACGGAAGCGCCGAGCCUGCAAAUGCUGGUGUUGCUGUGAAAAUGGAAGUGUAA